AUGGCAGACAGCAUGUCGAUCGAUAAAAAGGAACCUCCUCGGGAAGGCUCAGAGGACUCCAUGGACCUCAACUCGCCAACCCCAGAGGCGGAGGCGGGUGCACCUCAAGAAAACGUUACCCAGCAGAAAAGGAAGGGCGGCCGGAAGCCUAUCUAUGCUACUUCAGAAGAGCGCAAGCAGCGCAACCGCCAGGCGCAAGCAGCUUUUAGGGAGCGCCGGACAGAGUACAUCAAGCAAUUGGAGGAAACGAUCCGCGUCCAUGAGACCAACCUCCAUAGCUUGCAGACUGCGCAUCGCAGCGCUGCGGAUGAAUGUCUCAUGCUGAGAUACAAAAACUCUCUUCUAGAACGGAUAUUAUUGGAAAAAGGCAUCGAUGUUCAAGCCGAGUUGCGCGCGAAGACUGGAAGCCCUCACCUUGGCCCAACGCACAUGGCCCCGAAUAUAGCACAGGCACCAACAGUUCAGCGCGCUAUCAUGAAUAGGCACCAUCAGGCAAGACGAUCGCAAUCCAGCAUCGCUCCUAAACUCGAGCCGGGUGCGCCCCUUCAGUCUCCACAAGCACGGCCAACCCCAUCGUCCCAUUCCUCUUCACCAACCUCCAAUUCGCCAGGAUUCCACAACCCAGGAGUUCUGACUCCACCUGCUACCGAAUCCCAGAUGCAAUUUCAACAGCAGCAGCAACAGCGCCUACAACCGAUUAAGCCCCAGGCCCCGCACGCACUGCCAGCAAAGAAUGGAGGAGUAGGGAACACUGGAGGAGGACCUGCUCUGGCACCGAAGGCGCCAGGACCCAAACAGGAGUACGACGCCCAAGCCGAUAUGGUCGAAGACCAAGACCCAGCCGAUUCCGGGCCCGGCCCAUACCCCGAACCACUCCCUCCAACACAGCACCAUAUGAACCAACACCAGAUCCUGAACCCGCAACCGCCACCGCACGCGCUUGGCCACCAAGGGACUGGCAACCCUCAAACCUUCGGUUCGAUGACUCAACUACUAGACCCUUACGACCCCAUGCUCGAUAUGGACCCAUUCGGACUGUCCGCCUCGAUGCAGUUCCCGUCUUCCUUUCCUUUUGAUACGAGCUCGAUGAGAUAA